AUGUUUUGUGAAGGAAAUUCGGAAUUUUAUCCACCCAUUUUAUUUCAAUAUUCGCCUGUUUAUCAUACAUGGGUUAAAUUAUUCGUUAAAGAUGUUUAUACCUUAAAAGUAGUUGAGGGAUUUGAAGAUUCUCCUGCGCUUUUCUGGUUAAAUCAUCCAAUUCGCUGGGUUCAUCUCUUUGGUGUAGUAGUUGGUUUAGAGAAACGUGAAAAAGGUGAUUUUGUCUCACUAGAUGAUUCAAGUGGUCGUAUAAUUGAACUGAUAUUAAAAGAACGACACCAUCGUCAUCUUAUUCCCGCAUUUCCAGAGGAAAAUGGAUUACUUGAUAUUGGAAUGAGAAUCAAAGUUCGUGGUACGCUUUCUCGCUUACAUGGAUCUCGACGGAUUAGUGUGAUUAAACUGGAUGUUAUUCAUGAUCCAAAUAUCGAGAUUUUGGGUUGGGAAGAAAGAAUACGAUUAAAGCAAGAAGUUCUUUCGAAAGUAUGGAUUAUUGAUUCGGAUCUUAAAACAGCUACGAUUAAAGCAUAUUUAAAAAUGUACAAUAGAUCGAUAACUCAAGGGGUAUCGAAAUACUCAGACUAUUCAUUUAAAAUACUCAAGAGUGGCGAACAUACAAUGCAGAAUUUGAAGAGGUUGGUUUUAAAUCAAUUGAAGGAAAAUGAAUAUCGAGAGUUCACAAUAUCGAUUUUAAGAACUGACACAGAAAUUGAGUUUGCAGCAAAUUGUUUAGCAACAAAAAUUCGAAUAGAAAUGGGUGAAUUGGAAAAUACAAUAGUCUGGUCACAAUCGACUGAAGUUUGCCGUCUUUUAAUGAAUUGUAUUUCAGAAUUAGUUAAUCAAGGCUUGAUUAUAUGUGUUAAUGGGAACCAAGGAGUUUAUGUAACAAUAGGGGAAUGGAAUCUUUCUCGAACGAUACGGAAAUGUUGUCGAGAAUCAUUACACAAAUGGCGACUUGCAAAGCAUUCUUCAGACAAUGAAAAAGCAAUAAUUACAACUAGAGAGGUUUGGCAGAAGGUAAGAAGAAUUGGGGAUGAGUGGAAAGCAGUAGAUAAGCGACUCGUUACAAACAUUAUGGCAAAAGUAAUGCCAACACUUUCAGGUUGGCGUUUACUAGGAAAAGGAAAAUGGAUUCUUGAUAAGUAG